AUGGAUAACCGUGGCUCAUUCUUCUUCUUCCUGCUCGUUUUCUACUUUCUCCUCAGUUCACAAUCGCGACCUCCGCUGGUCGAUGAAGGACGAUUGCGUCAGCGGGAGCUUGAUCGAGAGCAGCGUGCGAUCCGACUGUUAAACGAGACACAUUAUGGCGACUUCGAUCCGGUCACCGAUCACUGGCUUCCUAUCCCAGGGUUACGAAAGAACGAUACAUAUGCCUGGGAACUGUUCCCAAAGGUCCAAAGCCACGGUUCCAACGCGUCAUCCCCGUUGAAUCUGACCAAGCUGUCCCUUCCAGUCUACCGCAAUGCCACUGGUAAAGUACGUGGAGACUGGGUUUGUCGGUCGGAUGUACAGCGCGCCAUGCCAUUGAACAUAACUGCCAUCGCGGAGGAACAUGAAUACUUCACUCAUGAUUUCGGCUUGAACAUAACAGGUAGCGAUGGUACAUUCUUUUUCGAUUUGGAAGAAGGGCCAGGGCAAGAAUUGCGUGUUGGAGAUGGACUUGCGCGUGAAAUCAGAGCGAGUUGGACGAUAGAGAGCGACGACUUCUGGGGAAGUGUCUGGCGUGCCGAACUAUUCGGCAUCCACUUCCCCGAGAAUGGUGCCAUUAUCCUAAGCACAUCAAGUGAAAAGUUUGGCGGUAUAUUCUCUUUGCCACACUUUGCACUCUCAGCCGACGGUUAUGAGUUGUCCCAUCGUCUCCUGCUGAAAUCGCUCUCCGAAACCAUGCUCGAAAAGCCAAACCGACCUCCAACCCUAUUUCCUUGGGCAUCUUUGGCAGGCACUGAACAAAUGGAAUUUGCUGCGCCAAAAUGCGAACAUGUAAUAUUUCUGCAACAACAUCCCCUCGUUGUUGACGGUAAUUUGGCGGAUCGAAUGACGGGGACCCCCGAAUAUCCACCUUCAGAGGCUUUAUAUCUGUCAGGGCCAAAGCAUGAAGAGUACAGUAAAGCUGCCUCUUUCCUCAUAUUCGUCAUUUUUGGGGUUUUUGUCGCCCAGAUCAGUCUUCUGCUACGUCAGGUUAAAGAGGCGUCGACACCUUCCACCCGAAGUCGAGUCAGCUUUUAUACCAUUGCAUUAAUGGCGUUUGGGGAUUCUUUCGUCAUGCUUUUCAUUAUUGCGCAACUCUUUGAAGCUAUCUCCUACUUGGUCAUUGCAACUGCCUCGUUCUUAGUCUUCCUUUCUGUCAGUUAUAUUGGCAUGAAAUUCAUGAUGGAGAUUUGGGCUGUUCAGGAACCGGAACGGCGUGAAGAACGACCAGUCAAUCCACCGACCUCUGUCACCCGUCCUGGAACACUCCCCCUACCCGCAACUGCUGCAGUGCGAGACUCCGGCGCUACGCCUAUUAUUUUGCCUCCAGACCAAGAUGCACCUGAUGAUGAAAUGGAGCCAGAGCCGGCACCGGCUAACCGAACAACUCCUGCUACACCAAGACAGGUGCGUGCCGAUGUGGGCGCCAUGUAUGGGCGCUUUUAUUUCGCACUUUUUGGUAUGCUCAUUCUAUCGGUCUGGGUCUUCCUCCUUCCCACACGCAUGGGUGCUAUGUAUUGUCGUCUCUUGGCAACCGUUUACCUGUCAUUCUGGGUCCCCCAAAUCUACCGUAAUGUGAUGCGCAACUGUCGCAAGGCACUCCGGUGGGAAUUCGUUGUUGGUCAGAGCAUUCUACGACUGGUCCCUUUCCUGUACUUCCUCACGGCUCGCGGCAAUGUGCUAUUCAUCCAAACCGAGUGGACCACCGCAUUUGCGUUGGCUGGAUGGGUGUGGGUCCAAGCCUGGAUAUUGGCCAGCCAGGACAUAUUGGGCCCGCGCUUCUUUGUCCCACGGGGCUGGGCGCCACCCGCUUAUGAUUAUCACCCCACGUUGCGGGAGCACGCCGGGCCCGAUGAUGACCUCGAGGCAGGCGGCAAUCUCUCGAUUGAAUCUCUCCGAGCCGACAAGCAAGAUGUGGUCGACUCUAAGGAUGACGACAAACAAUGGUCUAAAGAUCGAAAGCGAGUGAUGUUUGACUGUGCAAUUUGCAUGCAAGAUAUCGAGGUUCCUAUUCUUCCUGGGCCCACUUCUGCAGGCGGAAGUAGUGUGACUGAUGGGGCUGCGAACAUCUUGAGUCGUCGCCAAUACAUGUCCAUCACCGCCCUGGCUUCCCUGCUCCUCCUUGGAGCGGCCACCGCCCAAGAUAUUCAGUCCAAGCCCUUCAACUUGGUUAUUCAAGCAGACAAGAAGCCCAUCAAUGGCCAAAAGCUCGCCGCCUGCCACACUGGUGCUGCUAUUGAAUCGCUUUGCCUGGCCGGUGGAUCCGGCUCCGAGUUCUAUCUGAACACCACCGAGGGAUCACAAGGCCCCAUUCCGGGCUACAAGCCCUCCGGGGCUCUCAUCUGGAAUCUCCCCUAUAAUGGAAAUGCCGUGGAAUCCGAGCCCAUGAGCUUCUACGUUGACCCUUCCACCAACGUCGCCAUGCCCCUGUUCCAACCAUCCUACGAUCAACAGCAAGUUAUGUUCGACAAGGAUGGACUCAUGGGUAUCUACAGUUACCUCAAUGACGCCGUCACCCCUCCCACGGAUGAAAAGGUCACGGUCCUGAAGAACUGGUAUGUCUGCGAGACCAACUACUCCGGCUAUCAGUACCGCACUUUGAACUGGGUUGUCGGCAAUGGCAAGGCCAAGCCUCAGAAUCCAAGCUGCGUCAAGGUUCAAGUUCACCGCAAAUUCCUUUGA